AGUUCUCCGAAGAAGAAAGACAAAGCCAAACUCUACAGCCCCUCGCCGCAACUUUACCAUUCUAAUUUUUCCGAUCAAUUCUCUCCGGUAAAUCUUGAGAAAAAUCGAAGAUCUUCCUUAGACUUAAUGCUGCCAAUCUCAGGCUCCCCGGACCCGUCCAAGAAACUGAAAUCCCCAGAACAGAAGUUGAUUGACCGUAAGAGCGCAACCAACUCUCUCCCCUCAGUUAUUCAGUCUUAUCUCUCUCCGUAUAACCCCAGAUCAUGGCUCCUGUACUCCAUCUUCUUCCUCCAGAUCGUUCUCCUCCUCAUGGCGCGCUCACUCCAACAGUCGCACCUCCGCACUCACUUUCCUUCUCCUCAACCCAACAAUCCCAUGUUCGUAAAAUCAGCUAGUAUUUCAUACCCAGAACGUUCAGCUAAUUUUUCAUCCUCCGAACCGGACCAAUGCCCUUCCGGCCGUAUCUUUGUCUACGACAUGCCGCCGGUAUUCAAUCGGGAAUUGAUAAAGAACUGUGAUGAAUUGAGUCCGUGGAGUUCGAGGUGCGAUGCAUCAUCGAAUGAGGGAUUAGGGAAAAGAGCCACUGGAUUGUCCGGAAUCGUGCCGGAGAAUUUGAUUCCGGCGUGGUACUGGACGGACCAAUUCACGUCCGAACUGAUUUUUCACAAUCGGAUGUUGAACUACAAGUGCAGGACGACAGAGGCGGAAUCUGCUAAGGGGUUCUACAUUCCAUUUUACGCUGGACUGGCGGUGGGAAAACACUUGUGGAUGAAUUACACGGCGAAAGAUCGUGAUCGGCACUGCGAGAUGAUGCUAAGAUGGGUCCAGGGGCAGCCAUUCUGGAACCGAUCAGACGGUUGGGAUCACUUCAUCAUGAUGGGGCGGAUCACAUGGGACUUUCGACGGUCGAAAGACGAGGACUGGGGAUCGCGUUGCAUCUACAUGCCGGGGAUGCGAAACAUCACGCGUCUCUUGAUCGAGCGAAACCCUUGGGACUACUUCGACGUCGGUGUACCCUACCCCACCGGAUUCCACCCCAGAUCCGACUCCGACAUCCUCCAGUGGCAAGACUACGUCCGCAACCGCUACCGCUCGACCCUCUUCUGCUUCGUGGGGGGGAAGCGUAGCACAAUCAAGAACGAUUUCCGCGGGCUACUACUAAGCCACUGCAAGAACGAGUCUGGCUCCUGCCGGUUCGUGAACUGCUCCAGCACACGGUGCUCCAACGGCUCCUCCGCCAUCCUCAAAGCGUUUCUGGACUCGGAUUUCUGUUUACAACCCAGAGGGGACAGUUUCACCCGACGGUCCAUCUUUGACUGCAUGAUAGCCGGUUCAAUCCCGGUGUUCUUCUGGCACCGGACGGCGUAUUUACAGUACGAGUGGUUUUUACCCGGGGAUCCCCGGAGUUACUCCGUCUUCAUCCAUCGCGACGAGGUCAAAAACGGAACUUCGAUAAAAACCGUACUGGAGCAGUACAGUAAAAGAGAGGUACGGAAAAUGCGAGAGAAAGUAAUCGAUUAUAUACCGAAAUUAGUGUAUGCAAAACCCCACCAAGGUUUGGAGACCAUAAAGGACGCAUUUGAUGUCGCCAUUGAUGCUGUAAUGAGGAGACUCAAGGAGCAAGAACAGCCGGGGUACAAGUGGAAAUGAGAAAAUUUACGAGGGUAAAAGUGGGAGUAUGGUGAUUAUUUUAUUUUUGGAAAGUACCAAGAAAAUAGAGAAUUUGGGUAUUAUACAUUCUUUAAAAAAAUUUUACAAGAUAAUUUUGGUAUUAUGAGGACAUUGGAUUUUUUUUGGGCAAAAAAAUAAGAAGAAAGCUGGUUGUGCGGUCCAUAAGCUAAGGUA